AUGGGAGAACAACACCUCCCGUCCGGAGGUAUCAAACCAGACCUUGCGAUGCUCAAGGUUGAGUCAAGCUCUGCUAUUCGCGAUGUGGAUUACGGACAAGUGCUUGAGAUUGAAACAACACCUGCAAUGGAGAAGAAGGUUUUAAGAAAGCUAGACUUCUUUUUAAUACCUCUUAUGGGCGGUUGCUACAUGUUGCAGUACAUCGACAAACUAGCAAUUAGUCAGGCGACCCUUUUCAAUCUCCGACAGGACCUGGAUUUGAAAGGAAACGAAUACAACUGGGCUUCGGCCAUUUUCUAUUUUGGCUAUUUCGCGUGGAGCUGGCCGAGUUCCUAUCUAGUUGUGAGGCAAAUAUCUCAGCUGUGCUGUUUGUGUUUGGGGGGUUGUUUGAUGGUUCAUGCCGCCUGCACGAACUGGGGUGGGUUAAUGGCAGCGAGAUUCUUUUUGGGUGUUGGAGAGGCAUCCAUUGCUCCUGGCUUCGCGCUAAUAACGGGAAUGUUUUAUACAAGAGCGGAGCAGCCAGCACGACAAGCAGCAUGGUUUGUUGGAAACUCUGUUGCUGUUCUUCUUGGUGGGCUGAUUGCCUACGGUAUUGGCAAUAUUCACGUCACAGCUAUUGCCCAAUGGCAACUGUUGUUUCUCAUAUUAGGUGCUGUCACUUCUGCCUAUGGCGUGGUCUUGUUCUUUACGCUACCAGACUCACCCUCAAAGGCCGUCUUCCUCAAACCAAACGAACGAGCCAUUGCAGUCCACAGAACUUUGAAAAAUAAAACAGGAGUCUUGGACACAGGCAAGUUUAAAUGGGGCCAGGUUUUAAUGGCCAUCAAAGACCUGCAAACGUGGUUUUUAGUUCUUUAUACGCUCUGUGUCAACUUUUGCAACGGUGGUAUCACAAGUUUCUCUGCUAUCAUUAUCACCGGAUUUGGAUUCCCUCAUUUAGAGGCUCUUCUUAUUCAGAUGCCUAUUGGUGGUGCUCAGCUUGUCUUUCUCCUCCUUACUUCGGGGUUCGCCUCCCUUGUUCCAAGAUCUCGCAUAAUUAUGAUGAUCGUCAAUACAGCGGUGUCAAUGGUGGGUAUGCUUUUGAUUUGGAAGCUAGGCGAUGAUAAUAAGGCGGGCAAGAUGACUGGUCUCUGUCUCGGCGGUGUCUUUGCUGCCAAUAUUCCUUUGUCUCUCAGUCUGAUUAGUUCGAACGUCGCCGGGCUUACCAAGAAGAGUACUGUGAGCGCCCUCAUGUUCGCCGCGUACUGCAUUGGGAAUAUUGCCGGGCCACAAUUUUUCAUUCCUUCGGAAGAACCUUCAUAUCCGACCGGUAUCAAAGCUUCUAUGGCAGGAUUGGCCUUCGGAAUAUUCUUCUUGGUCUGUCUCUAUAUCUUUUACGUUUCCGAAAACAGCCGACGAGAUAGGCUAUACGGGUCUCCUAGGGAGAUGACGGAGACCGAAGAAUUACAAGACGAGCUGUCUAACAAGACCGACCACGAGAUUGAAAGUUUUCGAUAUUUGCUUUGA